AUGGCUUCCUUACAAGCUUCUUUUCUCCUCCCAUCUUCAAGAAAAACAAUUACCCAAGCUUCCAUUCACGUCCCAAAGCUUCCCAAUCUCCGUAUCUCUGUUCCCAGACUCCCCAAAACCUCCACUGCCUCCCUCAAACUCAUUGAAGAGCUUUGUUUAAACCAACCCCUUAAUAUCAUUCCUCCUACCCAAUCCCCCCUCACAUCGCACCUCCACGCCAUCUUGGACAUCGUAGCCGACCGGGUAGAGAUGCACAACAAUAUCUGCCAACAGCGAGACAACUGGAAUUCCCUUUUCCUCAAUUCCAUCAACAUGAUCACUCUCGCUGCCUCUGUUAUGGCCGCCACCGCACCCGCUGUCGGAGCCCUUGGAGCUCCUCUUUUGGGUUUGAAAUUGUCCUCGGCUCUGCUCUUCUCUGCCGCAACAGGGAUGUUGGUUAUGGUUAACAAAAUCCAACCCUCACAGCUGGCUGAGGAGCAGCGAAAUGCAGCUAGAUUGUUCAAGCAGCUCCAAACCCAAAUCCAGACCUUGAUUACGGUUGGAGCUCCCACUCAAAGGGACGUCGAUUCCGCCAUGGAAAAGGUGUUGGCGCUUGAUAAAGCAUACCCACUUCCUUUACUUGGUGUAAUGCUUGAAAAAUUCCCCAAAAAGCUCGAGCCGGCUUCAUGGUGGCCCAAUUCUUCUCAUUCUGACGAAUCUAAGACACAGAACGAAAACGCCCAUUUUGAUGGAAACCAACGACAAGGUUCCAAUGGAUGGAGCGAUCAACUUGAAGCCGAAAUGAGAGAAGUUGUUGAAGUCAUGAAGACAAAAGACGCUAAAGACUACGUCAGACUUGGGAAUUUAGUAUUGAAGGUUAAUAAAACUUUGGCAAUCUCGGGCCCUCUUCUCACCGGCAUUGCGGCUUUGGGUUCUGCUUUCGUGGGUGAUUGGUCAUCCGGGGGGAUGGUGGUGGCGGCGGCGGCCGGUUCUUUGGCGGCCGCCGUGAAUGCGUUAGAACACGGUGGGCAAAUUGGGAUGGUGUUUGAGAUGUACAGAAACUCGGCGGGGUUCUUCGGGGUAAUGGAGGAAUCCAUUAGAGGGACGCUUGAGGAGACAGAUUGGGAGAAGAGGGAAAAUGGGCAAGUGUUCGAAAGGAAGGUGGCUUUGAAAUUGGGAAGAAGCUUAUCUCAGCUCAGACAAUUGGCUGCCAAAUCUGCUGCGGCUAGACAAGAAGGGAUUUCCAUAGAUGAAUUCGCCAGCAAACUGUUCUGA